AUGAACGCCAACCGGCCCGCCUCCCCAGAGGGCUCCCAGGUCAACAUCAUGGGCAUCCACACGGUCCCGGGCAGCCCCAACACGCUCCACCGCACGGUGGACACCAACACGCCGCCAAGCUCUGCCCUCCAGAGACGCCUGGGUCAGGCCAGCCCCUCGCUGGCGAGACACCCGCCCCCGGGCGCCGUCCCGUCCAGCCCCCUGAUCGGGCGGAGCCCCAAAAUGGCAUUAGCCGGUGUGCCGCCCAGCCCCCUGAUGGGGCGCCGCGCGAUGGCGAGUACGCCCGAUGAGCUGGGUGCCGCCUCCCACCAGGGCAGCUCCCAGCCGCCCGCCACGCCCGCCUUCCCCGUCUCCCCCCAGCUGCCUGAGAAGAGACACCUGUCCAGCGGAGACGCCGAGAACAAGAACCUGACGCUGACGCCAGUCAGCGGCGGAAGCACGCCCAACCUGUCCGGCGCGCUACCGGAUGUCUUCAAGUCCAUAUACGAUGGGUAUCCGGACAUCAAGAUGAAUGUGAAGUUUGUGCAGGACACCUCCAGGUUCUGGUACAAACCGGACAUCUCCAGAGAACAAGCCAUCAACCUGUUGAAGGACCGGGAGCCCGGCGCCUUCAUCAUCAGAGACAGCCACUCGUUCCGCGGCGCCUACGGCCUGGCCAUGAAGGUGGCGUGCCCGCCGCCGACGGUCCAGCAGAACAAGAAAGUCGGAGACAUGACGAACGAGCUGGUGAGACACUUCCUGAUCGAAACGAGCGCCAAAGGCGUCCGCCUGAAGGGCUGCCCCAACGAACCCUACUUUGGGUGCCUCUCGGCCCUGGUGUACCAACACUCCAUGACCCCGCUGGCCCUGCCCUGCAAGCUGAUGAUCCCCACCAAAGACCCAAACGAAGAAGCACUGCAGCUGGCCACGCCCACUGAUCCCGUCCUGGAGCUUCUCAAGCAGGGAGCAGUUCAGAAGGUUCCAGAAGAAGCUCAUGCGUACAACGUCCUCCACAUCAACUCGGUGGACAUGGAGUCUCUGACGGGGCCUCAGGCCGUGGCCAAGGCCAUCAGCCAGACGCUGGCCAGCAACCCGCUGCCCGCCGCCACCACCGUGCACUUCAGAGUGUCGGCGCAGGGCAUCACGGUCACCGACAGCCAGAGGAAGAUUUUCUUCAGACGGCAUUAUCCCAUCAGCACGGUCACUUUCUGCGACGUCGAUCCUCAGGACAGGAAUAGAUGGAACGGUGACCAUAAGAGCAACAACUCGCCAUCUCUUCCGGGUCAGGGCUGAUGGAACCGUGGAUUA